AAGUAUUCGAAGGAACCAGUAAGUACCUUUCUGAUAUCAAACACCUUCGUCGAAGAUGAUGCAGCAGUCUCCAUCUCCGCACCGUUCGGCAUCGGCGCCCUCCACGGCUCCCCGCAGCCGUGGCCGCUGCUCUACUGCAGCGUGGGUUUUUCUCGCAGCAAGCUUACGCGAACUUUAUUUGCGUGGCCCGCAGCUGCAAGAUCCUGAGUCGCAUACUCUUGUUUCGGUGUGGGGCGUCGUCGCGGACGAGCACGGUGCGCAAGAACGCAAAUCGGAAUCCUCAAUUUCUGACGCUGGGGAAACCAGUGUCUUGCUUCGAAGCGAGCAUUUGCAAAACGGCAAGGAUUUGCAGAGGAGAGAAACAGAAGACCGACAUCAUGACCAUUCUGCGGGAAGAGUGUCAACAUCUUCCUUUCGUUCCAGCCAGAACGAAGGAAAAGUCCAUCCAACGCAAAAGCCGAAGCCAGGGAAGCAGCUGAGGGACGAAGCAGCAGUAGCUGCAGCACAAGAAGAACCGCCGGAAGAUAGGACGAAAAACCCAAACGCGAUUCCGACACGGGACAAGAACUUGAAGAUGCAGGACAAGCACGAGUUUUUGCUGAACAGUACUGCUAGCACUGCUUCGCUGGCACAAGAACAUCAAGGCCAACAAAGCGUCGCGAAGGUUGGCAGAGGAGCUGCGGGGAGAAAUAAACGCGCUGGUCGUGCAAAGGGUGAUACGAUCAAGGCGCUGUGCGAAAAGUACGAGCGGCAUAGCGAUAUUUCCGACGGGAGCCUGUGUGCGCUGACGACCGACACGCGAUGCUCCAUAAAAACGCCGGAAGCCGAUGACGCAGAGCUUGAGGACCCGAUCGACGGCCAGUGCUGGGAGAUCGGGUCCACCGACUGCCCCUUCGGCACGGAGGGGACCAAGUGCGAAACGAUAGACGACUGCGCGGCGGCGGCCGACCGGGGCAAGGCCAAGUUUUUCGCCUACGGGACCGGCGCAAACGACUACUGGUGCAAAAUCUACGACGUUUGCCCUAGGACAGCGGAAUAAAUACGGGGAAACUAAGUUGUCAACUGAUCGACCGCCUUUUUUACGAACUGCAAUAAAGUGUCUCUGUUGUGGCAUGUUAUUUUUUGCACCGUUCGUGCUGUGAGGUGGCCUCGAUUUAUUUCUUUCGGAGAACCUUUUUUUCAGGGCAGUUUCCUUCAUUUUUGCAGAAGAGAAAAUAUAAGGUGAAAGUGAAACAUAUUGCAGCAGGAGAAAAUAUCAGUGCACGGGUUUUCUUCAUCUUCACUGUCAUAUCCUCCGCGGCGUACAAGGAGAGCUGGACCACAGCCCACGAGUACAAGACCUACAAGUGCAUCGAAACCGAGAAGGUAGACGGAGGCAAAAACGCGACCGAAAACGACACCUCUACAGAAGACUCCGGGAAAGGUCAAGACGAUGGUACAGCAGAAGCGGAGACUGCGGAAGAUCACAUGAUGCUGAUAGCUGCCGGUGGGGCGGGUGCAGCGGUUGUCGGGGGACUGCUGUACUACCACAUAAAUGUGAAGCCACUGUUUUAGCGUUUUCACAUGAGCAGUUCGUAGAGGAAGCACAUCAUCUCUCCUUCAUUGUUGCGGAGUAGUGGCUGGUUGUAAGAAGCUAUGUCAGACAUAUGUCAACCUCAACACGUAGAGCAGGAGGUGUAAUAAAAAACGCUUUGUUUCCUACUUUUUUGAUUCGAGAUUGCGGUCUUGUGCAUUAUAGUGCCGAUGAACAUAGAUGAAGUGAUGCGGUCGUAAGGACCACACGCAUGAUUUUCAUGGGACGCAUUCGUGAAUAAUAACGGAGAAUUCAUCGGGCUGGUUGAACACGAUGUUGCAUUUGAAACGGAGUCAAGCGCACAUGUGCCGUCUUCACUAACGAGCAC